UAACCGAGAAGAAAAUGAGAGUCAAGUAAAAACCAUUAAAAACAAAAACCCAAGAAUUUCAACCCCAAGUUCAUUCCCCGUUAAACAUAAAUUUAAAUAUUAGCCAAGAAUCUCUGCCAGCCUCUCUCUCUCUCUCUCUCUACCCCACUCAAGUACAUCUCUCUUCUUACAAAGUUUGUUACUUUAGCACUGUAAGUUUGUUGGGUGUAUAUUAAAAUAAAAAUUUGUUUUUCUGGUUCAUUUCUUAAUUUCCAGUUGUGUUUUGUUACUCAUGUCUGCUGGAAAGGUUCUGUCUUUCAUGGACACCCCAAAGCUCUGCAAAUUUCAGAGCUUUAGUUCCCAGAAAGCUAGAGGAUUAGUUCCCUUAGCUAUUUUCACCAAACCCAAUUCUGGGUCUUUCCAUAAGCUGCCUUCUCAUUGCUUUGCUCUCACUACUUGUGAGACUUUUUUAAUUUAAUCUCCCUUUACAUCUUGCUUCAAGUUACAACUCAUAGUAUAGAGAUUAAUUUAUUCAUUUUAUUAUUAUUUUAUUGGUCUCUAAUCUCUUCUUCAUCCUUGAGGAGGCUGGGGUAGAGUCUAAAAUUUUUAGAACUGUUUAUGGGAUGGGGGUGGUGAUGCCAGCCAUUUUCCAGCUGGUUAAUCUCUGUGUCAUUGGCUUUGCUUUAGCUCUCCAAGGAUCUGCAGGGUUAAAUCUAUCACCAUCACCAGAACCUCUCUCUGUGAAUCCUCCUAUUGAAACAGCACCUGCUCCUCUCUCUCACAGAAAGUCAUUCACAAGCAAUGUACCAAUCCCCGCAUUACAGCCAAAUGGGUCAGAUUUGUACCCUCCGCCUGCGAUGCCACCUCUUAUGUCUGCCCCGGUGCCCCAAAAGAUCAAGGGACAAGUACCAUCCUUGUCACCAAGUAUUCCUGAAGUGCUGCCACCAGAUGAUGCAGCUCCUCCACCACUAAGUGUUGAAGGUCAUGUACCGUCUGUGCCACCAAAUAAUGCUCCUCCACCACCAAGUGUUGAAGGUCAUAUACCUCCUGUGCCACCAAAUAACGCUCCUUCACCACCAAGUGUUGAAGGUCAUGUCCCGUCUGUGCCGCCAAAUAAUGCUCCUCCUCCGCGAAGUGUUGAAGGUCAUGUACCGCCUAUGCCACCAAAUAAUGCUCCUCCAUCACCAAGUGUUGAAGGUCAUGUACCGCCUAUGCCACCAAAUAAUGCUCCUCCAUCACCAAGUGUUGAAGGUCAUAUACCGCCUGUGCCACCAAAUAAUGCUCCUCCAUCACCAAGUGUUGAAGGUCAUAUACCGCCUGUGCCACCAAAUAAUGCUCCUCCAUCACCAAGUGUUGAAGGUCAUAUACCGCCUGUGCCACCAAAUAAUGCUCCUCCAUCACCAAGUGUUGAAGGUCAUAUACCGCCUGUGCCACCAAAUAAUGCUCCUCCAUCACCAAGUGUUGAAGGUCAUAUACCGCCUGUGCCACCAAAUAAUGCUCCUCCAUCACCAAGUGUUGAAGGUCAUAUACCGCCUGUGCCACCAAAUAAUGCUCCUCCAUCACCAAGUGUUGAAGGUCAUAUACCGCCUGUGCCACCAAAUAAUGCUCCUCCACCACCAAGUGCAGGUCAUGUACCGCCUGUGCCACCAAAUAAUGCUCCUCCACCACCAAGUGCAGGUCAUGUACCGCCUGUGCCACCAAAUAAUGCUCCUCCACCACCAAGUGCAGGUCAUGUACCGCCUGUGCCACCAAAUAAUGCUCCUCCACCACCAAGUGCAGGUCAUGUACCGCCUGUGCCACCAAAUAAUGCUCCUCCACCACCAAGUGCAGGUCAUGUCCCGUCUGUGCCACCAAAUAAUGCUCCUCCACCACCAAGUGCAGGUCAUGUACCGCCUGUGCCACCAAAUAAUGCUCCUCCACCACCAAGUGUUGAAGGUCAUGUCCCGUCUGUGCCACCAAAUAAUGUUGAAGGUCAUGUACCGCCUGUGCCACCAAAUAAUGCUCCUCCACCGCCAAGUGUUGAAGGUCAUGUCCCGUCUGUGCCACCAAAUAAUGCUCCUCCACCGCCAAGUGUUGAAGGUCAUGUCCCGUCUGUGCCACCAAAUAAUGCUCCUCCACCACCAAGAGUUGAAGGUCAUGUACCGCCUGUGCCACCAAAUAAUGCUCCUCCACCACCAAGUGUUGAAGGUCAUGUACCGUCUGUGCCACCAAAUAAUGCUCCUCCACCACUGAGUGUGGAAGGUCAUGUACCAUCUGUGCCACCUACUCCUCAAACAAAGGCACCAGUCAAUAAGAGUCCAAUCUCAGUGCCAGUUGCUCCAGUACCCAUUGUAACACCUUCGGGGACAUUGCCACAAAUUUCACCAGCCAUCCAUUCAAGUACACCAGACACAUCACCAUUAAGUGCUCAUCAAAGACAUGCGCCAAACAAUAAGGUUCCCAUACCAGAGCCACUUGCUCCAGCACCUGUUUCAUCAUUGCCGAGGACAUUGGGACCAAAUCCACCUGUGAUGCAUCCGAGCACACCGAAUAUAGUACCACCUAUAUUACCUGUACCAGUUGCUUCACCAACAAGCAAAUCGCCACAAAACUCGCCGUCCAUUCACCCAGUUACACCUGGAGAAUCUCCAUCCACAUUUCCUGAUCCUGAAGUCUCUCCUGCAUCAUCGACUCCCCCCAGCAUCAACUGGAAAAGGAAUCCAGUUGUUGCACCACCAUAUGAAGCUCCCAAGCCUUCACUACCCAUGGACCAUACCCCAGCUAAAGCUCCUUCUGUUCACAAACCUGUGGUAUCAUCUCCUCCCUCCAGCACCAACUGGAAAAGGGGUCGAAUACCAGUUGUUGCACCAUCAUAUGAAGCUCCCAAGCCGGCAAUACCCAUGGGCCAUACCCCAGCUAAAGCUCCUGCUGUCCACAAACCCGUGAGACAUUAUAAGCUUGCUCCUGCACCGUCUGAUUCAUCCCCUGAACCUCCUUUUGAUAAGGGGCAUAGUUCUCCUGCAUCUUCACCUUCAACAUAUAAGAAUCAUCAUGCGAGGAACAAAGUCACCAGUCCUGCUCUUACACCAUCGUAUCUGGUUUCUCCUUCCACUUCAAAACAGCCAGGUCCAGUGAUCCCACCAGCAUCGCAUCAAACAGGCAGGCAAAGACACUAUGGUUCUCCACCCCUAAAUCCAGGGUCUUCAGUUCCUCCAUCUCAUUUACCUGUCACUCCGUCAUUAAGCCAUGUUGCCCCUGCUCCUUCUCCGUCUUUAAAAGAUGCACCUCACUAUACCAAAAUGCCCCCUAAGCUUUCUCCAUCGGGGUCUACGGCAAAAAGCCCAGAAGUGCCACCCCUGCCACUUGUUCGAGCAUUCCCACCACCACCUCCCAAUGAAGAUUGUUCAUCAACUAUUUGCACAGAUCCCUAUACAAAUACCCCUCCUGGGUCACCUUGUGGCUGUGUCUUGCCUUUGCAAGUUGGACUACGACUUAGUGUUGCUCUGUAUACCUUCUUCCCCUUGGUUUCAGAGCUAGCCCAGGAAAUUGCUGUCGGGGUUUUUAUGCAGCAAAGUCAGGUUCGCAUUAUUGGAGCCAAUGCAGCUACCCAGCAACCAGAGAAGACAGUAGCCCUCAUUGACUUGGUUCCCCUGGGAGAAAAAUUUGAUAACACCACAGCAUUUUUGACUUCCCAGAGAUUUUGGCAUAAACAAGUUGUUAUAAAAGCAUCCUACUUUGGUGACUAUGAUGUACUAUAUGUGCGCUAUCCAGGUUUACCCCCAUCUCCACCGUCUUCGGAUGUUGAUGUAAUAUAUGAGGGACCGUAUCCUGGUAACAACAAUAAUGGAAGGACGGUAAAGCCCCUCGGGGUUGAUGUGCACAAGAAGAGGAAUAAAAAUGGGCUAAGUGGUGGGAUAAUUGCUAUUAUUGCUUUGUCUACCUUUGCAGCAGUUGCUUUAUGCUCUGCUGCUGCUUGGGUUUUUCUGUUCAAACAUGGAGACUGUGCUUCUGAACCAACACCAACUCCACAGGCUUUGCUACCUUCUGUUGGCAAACCAUCAGGUACUGCUGGGUCUAUGAGUAGGCACAGUUCCGUGUCGUUAUCAUUUGGAUCUAGCAUUGCAACAUAUACAGGAUCUGCUAAUACUUUUAGUGCAAGUGACAUUGAGAGAGCCACUGACAAUUUUGACCCUUCAAGAAUACUUGGGGAAGGUGGCUUUGGGCGUGUUUAUAGUGGUGUUCUUGAAGAUGAGACCAAGAUUGCUGUCAAAGUUCUAAAAAGAGAUGAUCAGCAGGGUGGUCGGGAGUUUUUGGCUGAAGUUGAGAUGCUUAGUCGCCUUCAUCAUCGAAAUUUGGUCAAGUUGAUUGGCAUAUGUACAGAAGAGCAUAGCCGUUCCUUGGUUUAUGAGCUCAUUCCUAAUGGCAGUGUGGAAUCUCAUUUGCAUGGAAUUGACAAGGACACUGCUCCACUUAAUUGGGCGCACCGCAUGAAGAUAGCACUUGGUGCUGCUCGGGGUCUGGCAUAUCUACAUGAGGAUUCCAGUCCCCGUGUCAUACACAGGGAUUUCAAAGCCAGCAAUAUUUUGUUGGAAGAUGAUUUUACUCCAAAAGUGUCCGACUUUGGUUUGGCACGGACCGCCAUGGAUGAGGAAAAUAGACACAUAUCAACCAGGGUCAUGGGAACUUUUGGGUAUGUGGCUCCAGAAUAUGCAAUGACUGGGCAUCUUCUUGUCAAAAGUGAUGUAUACAGCUACGGUGUUGUACUUCUUGAACUCUUAACUGGAAGAAAACCAGUGGACAUGUCACAGCCACCUGGUGAAGAAAACUUAGUUGCAUGGGCCCGGCCACUCCUCACAAGUAAAGAAGGGUUGGAAGCAAUGGUAGAUCCAAAUCUAGGUGAUGUCCCAUUUGACAGUAUUGCUAAAGUGGCAGCUAUUGCUUCAAUGUGCGUACAACCGGAGGUAUCACAUCGUCCUUUCAUGGGUGAAGUUGUUCAGGCCUUAAAACUGGUGUGCAAUGAGUUUGAUGAGGCAAAAGAAAUAGGUUCAAGGAGUUCUAGCCGAGACGAUUUGUCCAUUGAUGUGGCUGCUGAAGCAAGCACUGCCUCAGGACAGUUGCCAGAUACUUUCCAAAGCCAAUACUCCAUACUUACCUAUGAUUCCGAGCUUGAGACAGAGAGGGAAGGAUCGCCGUUGAAGCUGUUCAGUACGUCAAUGAGCAUGGGGAGGCAAGAUUCUGAAUCCUUUAGGAGGCACUCCAGUUCAGGUCCUCUGGGAACAGGAAGGAGUAAGCAGUUCUGGGAGAGACUGAGGAGAUCAUCCAGGGGCAGCGUGAGUGAACACGGGUUUAUGUUAAAGUUAUGGCAAGGAUCUCAUUGAAUGCUUGCAAAGUUACACGUUUUACGAUGAUGGGUUACUUGUUUGAUCCAAUCUCAGAUUUCCCAUGUAAAAAAGCAGGCAUUCACUUCAUGUACUGCUGCAGGCAAGAAUUCAAGAAUGUCCUGCAGAGUAUGGGAACUGAGAUAUAAAGCAAGUUGUGCACUUGUGCUGAAUGGAAAUGCAAUUUGGAUCAACCUCAAUAAACGCAUCAAAAUGGUAACAGGAGCUACUGAAUUGUCAGAGUUGAAGAUCAAAAAUUUUGGACAGAGGCUACUAGAAAUCUUUUCUUUUUUUGUAAAUUCAGUGAUAAAUUGUGUGUUCAGAUCAAGGAUGCUCUUGUUACCAAAAUGUAUAGAACAAUUUGUGCCAUAAAAUGAAUCUAUAAUAUGCAUCUCUUCCCUU